UCGUUAUAUUUUUUGUAGUAACGCCUCCAUACUCAUUGUUAUUUACUCUCAAAUAAUUUAAUGUAGGAGUUAAUUUUAUUGUUAACCUUUUAUUGCGUAUCAUUCGUUUUGAUUUCACCCGAGCUUUGACAUUAUACCUUGUGCUUAAAAAUGAAAAUGUGAUCUAUACUAAUGUAGUACGUGACUGGUUGACCGGUCAACAUAUCCCAUAGUUGUCUUCACAAGGAAUAAAGUCAGUCUUUUGUCAAACAAGAUAUUGAAGAAAAGCAGACAAAAGAAUUCGCAUUAGAAAAUUACUUCAAGAAAGUAACUGAUAUUUAUUACGGAUUUACAUCUUCAGGAACUCGAAAGUUUGCAUUUGAGUUUGGGAAAAACGAAGUAAUAGACCUAUUCCUGACUCGUGGAACAGAAAAAUAAUUGCUGCUGAAGAUUUUCUAGCAUGUUUUCUCAAACGUCUUCGUGCAGUCUCUGUAAGAUUUUCUCAAGUUGUACGUACGACUUUAUCUCGAAUCACAUCGUUCAACAAAAACAACGUAAAUUUGUUUUUCUAUAACGUGAAAACCGCUUACCAAGGUUUGAAUCUAUGUGCUGGUAUGUUCUCAUUAUUUUUUUCCUUUAUUAUCACUGUCAGUGGGUCGAUAAAUACACAAUAAAAGGUGAUUAGAGGCAUGGAACCAUAUUGGAUAAAUAGAUUUGUUUAGUAUAUGUAUUAUUCUUGAGAGCUUCAAGCAAUUCCAACGUAAAAAUCACACAGGAAGUAGAGGAGUCUAAGAGACCUCCACAUCUAAACUUUUGAGCAUCAACAGCCAUAGUGGAAGAAAGAUAAUCAAUACAAGUAUACUGGACAAUGAUUUAUUACGGGUAGUUCACAAGGAGCGACACAGUACCACAAAUUCAUAGCAGAAGGUUGGCAUAAUAGAUAUAUAACAAAAGAGUUGGUAAAAAAUCUACAAACUGGCAAAAUAAUUGAAGAAGAAAUUAGGUAUUGUUAUUACACUGUUACAGAAAAAUAAGUAGGUAAAAGCAUGCACAUAAGUGCUCUUAUGAAGCCCAGAUAAAUGAUACUGUUGAAGAUUUGUCAAAAGAAAAGCAUCAAAAACGUAAGGAGUAGGCAGGUACGCUUGAAAAGUUAAGGCAUGCUACAAAGUUUGACUUGUUUCUCUGUCAUUCUGUAACAGAAACUGAUUUUAGUUUAAAAAUUGCUUUUGUAGUGUUAAUUAAACCCAGUUUGCCUUCUCUGCACACCCUACUUGCGGAAGACAUUAACCUACCUGCCAACCUUAUACCCAAGAUGCGAAGGAUAACUGAUUCCUUCCGAACUGCGAUUCACCAAACGCGAAUAACUAGUGGAAAUAUGUACGAGUACCUGUUUUAUACCUUUACGCUGCAUUAUUGGAUACUGUUCUCAAUAUUGCCACCACCGAACGGUAUACAGGGGUCGUUCAGCAAGUAUCUGAAAUUAAAUCUGGAUAAAGGCUAAGUACCUAAGAGAUAAAAAGUUUAGCUACUAUAUUUGAGCUUUAAAUUACAAUCGGAUCAACUUGAUCGGAUUAGCGAUAAUAAUUUUUAUCGAUUUUGCGAUAGGAUUUGCCAGCACGUACCUAUGUCAAAAAAAUCGUUUCAAGAAAAGCGUGAGUGUACGCUGUAAUUGAGCAGGACAACGUGGAAAAAUAUCGUCAAUUUUCCUCUAUUUAGUGACUAUGCCAACAAACAGACGACAAUGUUGAGUUUCAAUGUGACGCUAUAAAAAGAUAGAUCUGCUUCAAAACAGCACAUUCAAGCGCAAAAGGAAAUAAUCGAAGAGAGAACCAAUGCCAGACAUGAGCAUGAAAAAGGGGCAGACAAUCGGUACAGAGGCGGAGCCACUUGAUUUGUGGUCGCCAUUUUGUCAAAUAGUAGUGUUUUGUUAGAGGUCUUAUCUGAUUGGAUAAUCUCCCUCCUCAAGAACCAUAAAGAAAUCAUCUUCGGCAUCUUCGAUCUUCUCGGAUCCGUGUCUCAGCAGAUUCAAGCAUCAGCGUUCAAAGCUUUCAGGAUCAGUAUUAUCCUGACUCCACGAAUACUUAGUCUGUCGUCUUCAUGGAAUUGCGAUUUCAUUGAAAUUUCCAACUUUUCCUGAAACUAUCCACGAAUUUCAAACGAUUGAGUGUUGAAAACGGCUCCUGUAUGUCCUACAAGGAUACAACAACAAAACUUUACAAAAAGCCAGGUAAAACUCAAUAAAUAUUUCAGGAUAAAGCUCCUCAACUCAAGUGAGAUCCGCCUUUACGUUUCAUGGAACGCCUCCAAAGCGAAAGCUCAGCCAAUUGAAUCUUUGAUGGGAACGAAUUGGGACGACCGUUCCCGAAAUGCGUUGCCAAGGGAAACGUCAAAAGCUCAUUGCGUUAACACUCAGUGCGGGCGCGUUAGCCAUCGUGCUUGUUUCGUAGUGAUUCCACACACUGUAAAUCGGUGAUAACCGGCUCUCUUAUCUGUGAAGGGAUAAUAUUGUUUUGCCUUUGACUGUGAUCAGUGGUACUGAAUGUGCUUGAACAGGAAAUUGUGUGAUAUCGGCGCUAUUGUUAUUAUUGGUUGAUAAGGCCUUAAUAUUAAAGAUUAAUUCCAUCCGAAGGAUAACAACUUGAGAAUGAAACUCCCAGAAGGAAAACAGUUUUAUUUUCCGACAAUUGGAAAACUUAUGAAAACGUUUGUGCGAAGAAAGCACAAGUAGCGUUUGCCGUCGGAACGAAGAAUUCCGGGAAAUUCGGGUCCGGAUCGCGGUUUCGACACGCUACCACCGAAGAGUCCCACUGUAACAAAAGGACUUACGUCAACAACCCCAUUAUAUAAACUGUGAAACGGUAGUGAUUGUUUUCAAUUUGAUUCGAACUGUAGCUGAUGCAGUUGUAGUAGUUGUUACUAGUUACUUAUUGUGAUGUGCGUUUUAUAAAAAGACCGUUUACGAAUGAUUAUGGAGAUGACUAACGAUAGCGCGGGGGUUGGACGUUGGUAUGAAUCGCCUCGAACAGGCACGUCCGCAAGUCCCGCGCAGGGUGCCAUCGAAAAUAAUUCGGACAUUAACAGCAGUGUCGCAGAACACAUGGGUGCCUUUUUUCUGGACCCGUCCGGUAGUCAGCGGGCAGCUAGGUAUUAUCAUCAGAGUAUGCACUCACCCUAUGGGACUGUUGCUGGUCACGCGUCAAGGAUGUCUUCAGCAGCGAGUCAAGUGUGCCGGCCGCAUUUUCACGCGCCGCUCCAUCCAUGGCUUUCGGCAGAAAGCACGAAGCCCUUGGCGCAUUCGAGUCCUUGGGUGCCGUUCGGCGGGGGCGCUGGCGAUCCGGAAAAGUCGCAAUCGCCCUCGUCGAUGGCCGGAGGAGCACAACCGCAUAACAUUUUCUCAUUUCCACCAACGCCACCUAAAGACAGUACGCCUGAUUCCGUCGUAGUACCCACCACCCCAGGUGCAGCGGGUUCUUCGGCCGCCGAUUACCAAAACGCCGUUGCGGCGGCAAUGGGCGCUUUCAUGCACGGAGGAGGCGACAACCACCACCAUCAGCAGCAGAGCUGUGCACUGGAUGUGAAGCCUUCGGCGACGUCCGCAGCGAGCAAUAAGCAGCGUGAAGGUAGUGAAUAUGAAACAACCGGAACUGCCUCGUCGGGCAUGUUCAAUGGUAACUUUGAUAGCUCGUACGGGUCGUCCGCGUAUGGCCACGGUAUUCACGGGGCGGCGGCGUAUUCGCCGCACCAUCAUGCAGCCGCAGCUGCGGCAGCCGCGGCCGCGGCGGCCGCUGCGGCCGCGCAUCAGGGCCACCACGGCAAGCAGAACGGCGGCCUCGUGACGACGCAGGGUGGCGCUCAGUCGCCGAACAAACCACGGAAUAAGUCGAGAACGAGCGCCGAGGGUAGAGAGUGCGUGAACUGCGGUGCUACAAGUACACCAUUGUGGCGCAGGGAUGGCACAGGUCAUUAUCUCUGCAAUGCGUGUGGACUUUAUUACAAAAUGAACGGGCAAAACAGGCCCCUCAUCAAACCUAAGAGAAGACUGAGUUUACAAAGUGCGGCUCGGAGGGCGGGUACCAGUUGUGCCAACUGCAAAACGACGACGACGACCCUUUGGAGGCGCAAUCAAAACGGCGAACCCGUCUGUAACGCUUGUGGUUUAUACUAUAAAUUACACAACGUAAAUAGGCCAUUAACGAUGAAAAAAGAAGGAAUUCAAACGAGAAAUCGAAAACUUUCGUCGAAAAGUAAGAAAAAGAAAGGUGGCGGAUCCUGUUUAUCGUUAGGAGGAAUGAUGAGUGAUAUGAUGAAACCUCUUGAUAGCGGUAAGGGAGCGUUUGGUGGUGGAGGAUUUGGAGGUGGAAUGGGCGGAGGUCAUCCGCAUUUGAACCCUGCUCUCCAUCCCCAUCAUGCCAUGAGCCAUUGGUACCAACACAGUGGUCACCAUCAAGGCUUUGUUUCGGGACCGCCACCUCCAGCACCACCACCCAGCGCUGCUUCAUACCAUCAUCAUAUGAGCUCUUUAAGUGCGGCCGGUCUUGGAUUAGCGUCAAAUGGAAUGGCGGGUUGGAGGUCGGAAUAUACGUGAUAAGCAGGUGUCCAACAAGAGUAUUUGUAGAUAAUUUCCUAUUUAGUAAAAGUCGUCACACAAACCCUUGCAAUAGGUCACCAAAUUUGUACAUUUGUAUGUAUGCCCUUUUGUAUAUAUAU